AUGUCCACCCAAUCUGUUCAAACAUUCGGUAAGAAGAAAACCGCAACUGCAGUUGCUCACGUUAAAAAUGGUAAAGGUUUGAUCAAGAUCAACGGUUCUCCAAUCACCUUGGUUCAACCUGAAAUCUUGAGAUUCAAGGUUUACGAACCAUUGACCUUGGUCGGUUUGGACAAAUUCCAAGGUAUUGACAUUAGAGUUAAAGUCACUGGUGGUGGUCACGUCUCACAAGUCUACGCUAUCAGACAAGCUAUUGCCAAGGGUUUGGUUGCUUACCACCAAAAAUUCGUUGACGAAGCUUCAAAGAACGAAUUGAAGAAGAUCUUUGCUGCUUACGACAAGACCUUGUUGGUUGCUGACUCAAGAAGAAUGGAGCCAAAGAAAUUCGGUGGUCGUGGUGCCAGAGCAAGAUUCCAAAAAUCUUACCGUUAA